UGUGGUUCAGCCGUUUACAGGCGCAGGAAGAGUCUACUGAUCUAUCAAAAUCACACAUGCAUAUCUGGGAAAUUAUUAAUGGAGUCGUUAUCAAAUGGAGCAAUGUUCCAUUUCUAUUAAACAGUGUGUUUGUUAAGCAUUAGGCGAGUCAUGCAGCCCCUCAGAGAUGUUGAGCUGGGGGCCUUCACCUUCUUCGCCUCUCCUCUUCCUCAUGAUGUGUGCGGGAGCAAUGGUCUUCCUCUCACCUCCAACUCCAUCAAGAUCCUGGGGCAUUUCCAGAUCCUCAAGACUAUCACCCAUCCCAGACUGUGCCAAUAUGUGGACAUCACCAGAGGGAAGCAUGAUAUGGCUUUGGUGCUUUAUUGCCUGUUGUGUUUCAAACGGCUAGUUAUUGUUGCUGAGCACUAUGAGAAAAGUCUGAAGGAUCUGCUGAAGCAGGGGAAACCAGUUGGGUAACCCUUUCAAGAUUUAGAGCGAGAAACAGAACACAAACUGGGGCUUCAUGCACCCAUUUUUUAAUAAGGAGGCACCGAUGGUAGUACUGACUUGUUCGGUGCCUUAGGCAUGAUAAGACAUGACUAAAAAAGCAUUAAACACUUCACAACUUAAGUUACAUUUAGUUACUUGUAUAUGCAUUAGACACAUUGAUUUUGCAGGACAGCUUUCCUUUUGGAUGGAAGAGCAUGUUCGAAUGAAUCAAAUAACUCCAUUUGUUUUCCAUGUCAUACAAGUUCGUUUGUAGUGACAUUGAGGAAAUGAUUUGGGGAAGGUGGAACUCAUUCACACAUUCACAAUUCAGCAUCGAAUAUUUUCCAAAUUUAAUUUUACAUUUCUUAAAAACUAAGUUUACUAAAACCAAAAAUAGAUAGCACAUCUAAGGCUGAAUUUAUCUGCAAAACAUAGUUGGCAUGGCAUUUGUACAUUAAGCAGUUUGUACUGAAUUAAUUGUGCAAAUGUAAUAUUUAGGGUCAGAGGUUUAGAACAAACACUGACUUGAUUGUUUGAGAAAUAUCUCUAGAAUGUUUCCUUGCAAGCACCGUAAUUACUAAAGACAAGAAAAAAAUGACUGAAACAAGAAACGCUUCCAUUUCUAACAAAAACAUCAAGUCAUUAUUUCCAAUCAGUUGUUCUUAGAAAAUCUAGCAUUAUUUCACACAACCCCCCCUGAACUUUCCAGAGGAACAUGUUUCUCAUCAUGCUGAUCUUUCCACAAGCUUUUCUAAUUUCUAAGAAAUUACUGUUUAUAAGAUGUGACUUAUAUGAAACAUGCACAGCAAGUUCAACAUCAAAACUAUUUCCAGUAAAAGGUAAAGAGGAAUACUUUAUUCUGUACACUCUGAUUAGAAUAAUUUAUAAGUAAUUUAUUUGAUCAUCCUUAUUUUAUUUGUAUUUGUAUUUUUAUUACAUAUCUAAAAUAAAAGCACUUCCAGAAUAUGGCUGUGAUGGGGAAUAUUACAAAUCCUGAAUUGUUCAUUUAUAAAUUCAAAUCUUUACUUAAUUCUAACUUGUUUAUAUUUAUUUAAUGACAUACAGGAGCUUUUAUUCAUUAAAUCUCUUGAAACUAAUACCAGAAAAACUGCUUCUGUAGUGUUGAUGACCACAGGAAUGUGAGCUGUUGGGAAAUCAACAAUUUCCUCCCUAUUUAGAGAUAUUCACAGAGUCUGUUGUGCAUUUUGGGGGUCAGACUGACCCAAUGGCUUGUUUGCAUGGACGAGCUGUUUAUCCUCAAAUUGUCUUACAUUAAAAUGCAGUUUAAUGGAGUGCCUUUUACACUCAAAAAAAUUCAUGUAGUAUCAUGCACAGAAAUGUACAGUAGUUUUAAAUUACCUAUAACUGGUGCUUUAGUACUGAUUUUACAGUUAAGUCCACUUAUUUAUACUCUUUUUUUUUUCUUUUUUUUCCUGCCAUCUGCUUUCUAAAUUAGACAUCUCAUUAUGAAUUCUAAUGUCACUUUAAUUAAUUUUAAGGGCGUUAAAUACUACCAUGUCAUUUGUAAUGCGAGAUAAACCAUUAUUCCUUAAAAUAUACCAUAUGAAUUUUAAUAAAUGUCAGUUAAAAGAUUGAGUUUUAAUUUAAAUGAAUAUGACAUCAGUCAAAAGAUUAUAUUUGAAAAAAUGUGAGAUCAGUUAAAAUAUUGAAUUUGAAUAAAUGUGAUAUCUGUUAAAAAUGUAAUUUGAAUAAAUGUGACAUCAGAUAAAAGAUUGAAUUUGAAUAAAUGUGGGAUCUGUGCACAUUUGCGAACUUUGCGCACUUUGCUAGUUUUUCAUUCUUUUUGUGACAUAAACCGGUGAGAUUCGAUACACCCUGUUCCAUAACUGUUCUGUGAGGUCAAUAUGUCAAAGAAUUCAAAAUCAUCAGGCUCUGGAGACAUUAAAAGACACUUACGUGCUCAAGCUGAUACCCCUGACG